AUGGCGGAGCGGAGGCUCAAAUGUCUCGAACGUCGGUUACUAGCAGAUCCAGAGCUUCGAAAGAACGUUGAAGCGCAGAUUGUUGAGUAUGAGACGCAAGGAUAUGCUCACAGGGCAACAGAGGAAGAGCUGCGAAAGUCGGAUCCACGACGCGUGUGGUACUUACCGCUUGGCAUCGUUCGGAAUCCACGAAAACCCAAUAAGGUGCGCUUAGUAUGGGACGCUGCGGCACGUGUUGGAGGGGUCUCGUUGAAUUCGAUGCUUCUUGCUGGACCCGAUUUGCUGACGCCGCUCAUGUCGGUCGUCUGCCAGUUUCGUCAAAGACAGUUUGCCAUAACAGGCGACAUCAAACAGAUGUUCCAUCAGUUGCGCAUCAGGUACGAAGACAAACAAUCACAAAGGUUCUUGUGGCGAGCGAAUCCCGAAUCCACCCCAGAUGUGUGCAUAAUGGAUGUGGCAACAUUCGGGGCCACCUGUUCGCCAUGUUCCGCGCAAUACGUGAAAAAUUGGAACGCGGCGGAGUACGCAACGGAGUAUCCGGAGGCAGCGAGAGCCAUUACAAACAACACUUACGUGGACGACUUCUUGAACAGCCGAGACACCAUUAUUGAAGAAGCAGUACAAUUGGCGGUGGCUGUUCGCGAAGUACACAGCAAGGCUGGAUUCGAAAUCCGGAACUGGCACUCCAACGCCCCGGAAAUUCUCGAACGGAUCGGAGAAAAUGAUCAAGAAACCUCCCAAGUAGUUAAAAGCUUCUCUGUAGAGAAAGCGACAGCUGCAGAACGUAUCCUAGGGAUGAUGUGGGAUCCAAAUGAGGACUUGUUCCUGUUUACCGUCCAACUUCAUGCGGAUCUGCUUCCGUUACUAUCCGGUAGAACUGUGCCUACUAAACGCCAAGUUUUACGCGUGGUCAUGAGCUUUUUUGAUCCGCUAGGGCUCAUUUCCACUUUUUCGAUCCACGGCAAAAUCCUUAUCCAGGACAUUUGGCGAUCUGGUGUGGGUUGGGAUGACCCCAUUAGCAGUAGGAACUUCUCGGACUGGGAACGAUGGACGAGACUGAUACCCGAGUUGAAACGUGUGCAGAUUCCGCGAUGUUAUUUCCCAAACUACGAGCGCGGAAGUUACGAAUCUCUGCAGCUACACAUUUUCGUGGAUGCAAGCGAGCUUGCCUACUGCAGUGUAGCAUAUUUCCGCAUAAUCGACCGGGGCACCCCUCGUUGUUCUCUGGUAGCUGCGAAAGCCAAAGUAACUCCCUUACGACCACAGUCUAUCCCCCGGAACGAAUUGAAUGCAGGAGUCAUUGGUGUGCGACUGAUGAAAAGCGUUACGGAGAAUCAUUCGCUGCAAAUUACCCAGCGGUUCUUCCACACUGACUCAACAGUUCUUUUGGCAUGGCUACGUGCUGACCCUCGAAAGUAUCGUCCCUACGUCCAGUUCAGAACUACGGAAAUCCUGGCAAAAACAUCGGUGGAGGAAUGGCGCUGGGUACCCACCCGGCUAAACAUCACAGAUGAGGCCACCAAAUGGGGCAACGGUCCCAGUUUCGAUGAUCAGAGUAAAUGGUACCGUGGACCGGAUUUUCUAUGGCAACCGGAAAGUGAAUGGCCUAGGGGAAAAUUGGUGGCUCCAGAGAGGAUGAUUGAACCAACGGAAGAAUUAAGAACGACCAACGUACACCAGGAAGUAACAACCGACACAGUGUUAGAGUUCAGGAAAUUCUCUCGUUGGGAGCAUUUGAUUAAAUCGCUAGCCUACCUGUACCAUUUCGUCAACCGCUGUUCGUCUAAGCAAUCCGUUCCUACUAAAUCACGCGUGGCAACAUUAACACGCCAAGACUUCGUAUCGGCAGAAAAAGUCUUGUGGCGAAUGGUCCAAAACCAGGAAUUUGGGGAGGAAAUUUCGGCCUUGAAAUCCACUAGUUCCUCAACGAAGACGAAUGCACGCCUAGCGAAAUCCAGUCCAUUAGUAAAACUGUCGACCUUCCUAGAUGACGAUGGAAUUCUACGGAUGGAAAGCAGAAUCGAUCCGAAAGCUGCUUAUUAUCCCUACAGUUUUCGCAAUCCGAUAAUCGUUCCCAAGGCUCACUACGUCACCGAAUUAUUGGUACUUCGUUUCCAUCAACGGUACGGGCAUGCCAACACGGAGACCGUGGUGAAUGAGCUUCGGCAGCUUUACAGUAUUCCGAAGAUGCGCUCCGUUGUAAAGAAGACCAUCAACAAGUGUAUGUGGUGCCGCGUAUACAGAUCCAAACCCAAUACGCCUCGGAUGGCCCCCUUGCCGCAGCCACGUGUUAUGCCUUUCGUGCGACCAUUUACGCACACAGGCCUAGACUAUUUCGGACCUCUCCUCGUGAAGCGAGGGCGCAGCAAUGUUAAACGGUGGGUGGCAAUCUUCACCUGCCUCACCGUUCGUGCGGUGCACCUUGAGGUGGUGCAUUCCCUGUCGCUCCAGUCGUGCAAGAUGGCCAUUCGUCGAUUUGUCGAUAAACGUGGAGCUCCGCAGAACUUUUUCAGCGACAAUGGAACGUAUUUUCAUGGAGCAGCCAGAGAACUCGCCGCUGAAAUCGUCUCUUAA